AAGAGCUAUUGCAUCUUUGACACCUCUAGAUUUACGCUCCGCAGAAAGUCAAUUAACAUUAGAUUUCAACUUAAAUUAAUAGUGCGAUUAUGUUUCCCACCCCUACGACUAACGAAAAAUGUUGAAUUUAGUGACUUUUGGGCUAGCGCGGGAGCGAGUGACGUCACAGAACUAGAAAUCAAGGCUUCGCAGAAAAGAAAGCAAAAGCAACAACUCGCCGCGCCAACAAAAGGGAAUCAAUAACAAAAAAACGAGAGAAAACACGUAAUUUGGUUGUCAAUUUGCAUACAGCUCAGCUCAGCCGUUAGGUAAUAGCGAUACCCAUCGCACACGCACAAAUUUGAAAAUAUGAGUAAGCUUGAAACGGACUCGGAUAGCUCUGAAGAAUUUUUCGAUGCCGAAGACACAACGCCCAAUCGUCAUGCGACUCUCAGUCGUAAACUGCCGCAUGUUGUCGAGCAGGAAUUUAUAUUCCCCGAACCCGCGGUGAGGGUUAAUGCAGCUGCUUCUUCCGACAGCGAUGCCACUCCCAUUGGCGCAGGAACGCCCGCCACCAGGAGUCCAACGAAUAGUUUGGGGGCUCGGCUAAAGCAACAGGAUGCGGGAGUCUUCGCUGAACCCAAACCCUUGUCUGGACCUUAUGGUAGACAGCGCUUUCACGAACUACGUCAGUGCAUGCAAAACGAUGAAGAUGAUAAUCCAGGAAAUACACUCACACCUGAUUCUCAGAAUAGUUCCACAGACGGAAUCUUCACCAACCGAUCGACUCAUCCGUUUAAAGUCAUCGAGACCGAUGCGAUGAGUAUACAGAGCAUGACGUCCCUUGGGCGUGUCGGCAGAAUAUUGGCAGGCAGCAUCGAUCCAUCCGCUAUCAGCGUAGACCGUGAGUCUCUUGCCUCGAUGAAUGCGCAGCUGCAAUCCCAGCAAAAGCAGCAGGCACAGCAGGCGCUUCCUCUCUCGACUGUCAGCUCUGCAACGCUUCCGACAACUGGUAACUCCUCCUCUGCGUCUAAUACGCCCCGGGUAUCCCCCAAGCAUAUCCAGAGUGGUCAGGAGGUGGCAGUCGAAAGUGCUGGUGUGGCAAGUGCGUCUGCAACGCUUCAGACCUUGGCCUCUACAGGUAUUAUGCUCCAAGAACCAGAUGUGAUAGCGAGCACCAAACUGGCCCAGUCUAAAACAACAGAUUCUAUCACCUCGUCAGGACCCGUGGCACCGCCACGAAGAAAAAAGAAGUCACGGAACUUUUCCACUAGUUCGUCGGAGCAUUAUGGUCUCGUACCGGCUGAUACGGAAGACACCGAUAGCGAUACCCGUUCCGUGAAGAGUGUGCAAAAGAUGUGCGAUGACAUUUUGGAGUUUGAAGGCAACGAUGUAAAUACUUCGGCGUCUACCAAUACCCUGACCUGCUCCUCAACGAAUACGAUUGUUUCGGCUUCAGCUUCGAUUACGGCGGUAUCUACAUCUCUGCCACCGCCCAAUACAAUUCAAAUGCGAACGAUGGCCACGUCAGUGACGAUAUCCGGCUCAAAACCGUCGCAUUCCUUGGGCAGCAGUGCCACAUCGGUUCACUCCAAGCCGAGCCCAUCAAACUCUGGAAAGAGUAACUCAGCACCAGGUCGUGUUAGUUCCAUUGACCCUAACCAGGGUCUCAAUCUCUUCAAGGCAAUUCAGGGAGGUUAUAUUGUUAAACCACGGGAUGAGGCAGGCAACAAGGCACAGGGACCGCCACAGGAUGAGAUCGAGCGAAUUGAAAAGAUGCUUAUGGAGAAUGCCAACCGCCCGAAACUGGCAGGCACGGGUUCUAACAGCUUGGGCAGUGCUACGCGCUAUCCGGCUUUGUUACGCGGAGUCAACGACAAGGAACGGCGCAAGUCCGCUGGAGACGAGGAUGAGCUCAAGCAGUUGAACAUUUAUGUGCGUACUAGGACGAGCUCUGGCAAGCAGCUUACCGAUUUUGAAAUACUCGAACAAGUUCCUGUGAAGAAUUUAGACACCGGCGAGAACAUGCCCCUCUCCGAAAUGCGAUCACCACCCGUGCCCGAAGGCUGGAAUCCGCUUUCGCUGCACAUCCUUAAAUUAACCUCGCACUUGGAGGUUAUUCAAAAAGAAUCCGACGAGGAGAGUGUAGUUGGCAUACCGCCGAGUAUCGAGGGCCAGCAGCCCGACGAGGAAGAACUCGAAACAGAAGAUGGCAGUCGACUGAAAAAGAAAACGGCUCGAAUCAAACGCUUCUUUGGCACUACAAUGCGUAAAACUGUGGACAAGGCCAAGUCCAUUGCAUCGGAGGUAUCGCAUGCGCGACACAAGGAGGAUGUGGCGGACAUUGUAGAUGCCAUGAACCCCGAACAGAAUAUUAAGAUUAAGGCUUCAUCCUCGAAUAAGGGUCCGUAUGAGUUCACCAAACUGCAACAUGUCCAGGAUUUGAGCGGAGAAGAUACUAGUGCUGUGUGGUGCAUGAAGUUUAGUUCCUGUGGACGGUUACUGGCUACUGCUGGUCAGGACAAGGUUCUCCGAAUCUGGGUUCUUAAAGAUGCCUAUCCAUUUUUUCAGGACAUGCGCAAUAAAUACAAUGCCGAUCAGAAGUCCUCGCCCACUCCUUCACAGGAAUCGCUCGUUUCCCAGCAUUCGGCGGAAGAGGCCAUUGCCAUGGCUACGGCUGCGGAGAAGUGCCCUGGUCCGUUCAUGCCCAAGCCCUUCUGCACCUACAACGGCCACACCUCAGAUUUACUGGACGUCAGCUGGUCAAAGAAUUACUUCAUACUGUCAAGUAGUAUGGACAAAACUGUGCGCCUUUGGCACAUUUCCAGAAAGGAGUGCCUCUGCUGUUUUCAGCAUAUCGAUUUUGUCACCGCUAUUGCGUUUCAUCCACGUGACGAUCGCUACUUCUUGAGUGGCAGUCUCGAUGGCAAGCUGAGGUUGUGGAAUAUACCUGACAAGAAAGUGGCACUGUGGAAUGAGGUGGAUGGCCAGACUAAGCUUAUAACGGCUGCCAACUUCUGCCAAAAUGGACAGUUUGCCGUAGUCGGGAGCUAUGAUGGACGAUGCAUAUUUUAUAAUACGGAUCAGCUAAAAUACCACACCCAGAUUCACGUUCGUUCUACGCGUGGCAAGAAUCGGAUUGGUAGAAAAAUCAGUGGAAUAGAACCCAUGCCUGGAGAGGACAAGAUCCUAGUCACUUCGAAUGACAGCCGAGUCCGCCUCUAUGACUUGAGGGACUUAAACUUGUCCUGCAAAUACAAGGGUUAUCUGAAUGUUUCUUCGCAAAUCAAGGGUUCCUUUAGCCAUGAUGGAAAGUAUAUUAUUGCCGGAUCCGAGAAUCAAUGCAUCUACAUAUGGAAAACCAAUCACGAUUACUCCAAAUUAAGUUCGGUUCGUCGGGAUCGCAGCGACUUCUGGGAGGGCAUUAAAGCACACAAUGCUACCGUCACUUGUGCCAUAUUUGCGCCACACCCAGAGGCAAUCAUUAAGCCAGAACCGGAUGAAAUCUCCAACGAAAAGUUGGCUCACAAUCAGCCCGAUCCACUUGUAGAGCAGCACAAAAAGGGAUGCGGAUAUGUGCUUGUUAGCGCCGAUUUCAAUGGCGCUAUAAAGGUGUUCAUUAACAAGACGAAGCCGAAACACAGCAGUCUACCAUACACGGCCAUUGCGGAUUAGUUUUAGGUAGAAGAUGUAAAGCUAAUAACAAAAACGUAAAUCAUGUAUUUUAUUAUUUUAUUUUUAUACUUAUGUGUGACAUUUUGUAACAUUAGUAACUAGCGCCAUUGCUUAUUUAUUAUGCAUUAUUCGUUUCUACACUUUCUAUGUUUACUGCACCUUUUUUCCUCCCUUUGUAAAAGUUGUUAACCAUUGCUGCUGGCGCGAACUGUUUAAUCUUACGCAAAAUAUGUUAUGUAUUUUUAAUGGCGAUUGUGUGAAUAUGUGUACAGAUAUUUGUUUAACAAGUUGAUUAUUUUCAAAGUCAAUUGUAUAUUGUUAUGCCCUUGUAAGGUAAAAUUUUGACUAUACAGAAGUUUUGAUUUUGAUAUUCCUGUUUAUAUUUAAAUCAGUCCUACUGGCCUUGACUUUAAUAUCUAAUCUAGUUAAAAAUUAACUAAUGGCCAACCUUCAAGGGUAGGAGGGGCUCGGACAGCCGAGUCGCGAAUAAGUUAUUUUAAAAGUCGACAUAAAGUAACACAUUAAUUAUAAUUAACUUUAAAACAAUAUAUAUUUUGUGUAAAGUAAAAUGUACAUCAAGGAUA